CCCGACCUUUGCACUGUCUGGCCGACGUCUAGGGAUGGCGAAGAUCUUGCCUUGGUGAGCUGGUGGUGUGCUGGAUAUGGGCAUCUAGAUGUCCAAAUGGUGGACCCAUAUAGAUAAGUAUGUAGCCUGAGUCUUCAUUCUGCUAAAAACACAGCAGCAUCUAUUAUUGAAGAGAUAAAAGUCCGCAUCGCUAUUCUUCCAAGAACAUGGACGCCAAAGCCGCUCUCCACGAUGUUUCCGAGCAGCAGUUGCCGGUGACAGAGACAACGGCCCUUUCAGAGUCACCUACCAGCACUCAAGAGAGCAAGCGAAGAUUCCCCCCACCCGCAAAGGCGUGGAUCAUCCUGUUAUUCCACGGAGCGUGUUGCGUCGCACUUGCGUUGGCCAUGGCACUUGCCCUAGACGGAUACCAGGCAGGAGACGAGUCGAGCCCACAUCAUGUCGAAGGCAAGCUACUUCUUCGAGUUGGCGACAUAACAACGCUGGUUUCCGUCGCCCUGGUAGUCAUCAAGGUCAUUGUUGGCGCGUGGUCUACUAUCGUCUUAUGGGCCUUUGGCCGAAAUAUGUUAACCCGGAAGAGCGCGUCCCCUGCCACGGUGUCGAAGAUGAUCCGAUGGCGUUUACCACCUGGGUUCCAGAGUCUGAAGUAUAUACCGAGAGAUUUCCCCGGUUGGACGAUAUCGGCUGCAGUCGUCGCCGUCUUUAUCCAAGCCUUCAUCAGCCCUAUCCUGACUGGCGCAGUCAACUGGAAUGCGGCCUUUCAUAUUUCCAAGGAGGCCACCUCCCUGAGUUCGGUUGACCCGACGGCAGACUUCAGCGCCUGGUAUUGGUACAACGCCCAAGGGUCUUUCGAUAAGAAGGCAUACCUGAGGGCUGCGGCAGGGUUUGCUAACUUGGCUUGGGCGGACACAUCCACCGUGGACGCCCAAGGCAAGUCGCUGCUGGGAAACGGAUGCCGCCAUGUUGUCAAUGACGACGGGCUACCCCGGCACUCGGUCGUAGUCGACGCAACUCUUCCGUGCAUCAAUAUCAACAGCAUUCGCUGGUAUCGCAACGAGGACGAGGUGACUGGGAACGAGUGGUCCAUCAGCGGCGAUGAUCUGACCUUGGUCGGCGACGAUCCGUUCGGAUAUUAUCGUGGAGGCGUUACGCUCGUGUACGACACGAACAAUCUGCGGAAAUCUCCAGCUACCACUGAUCAGCCACCACCUGCCAACAAAUUCUCCGGCACCAUGACAGUGGCCCUCAUGAUCGCCCGGCGACAUUAUGGCAAGGACUACACAGACCCGCCCUGUGCUAAGCUCCCCAACACGAUAUUCGGCGACAUAAGUCCCUUACCUUACCUUCUAGAGACCACGCGCAGUACCUCCGCCGACGAGAACUGCUUUCUGCUCGGCAAGAUCGACUUCACUGCAGGCGUGACGACGAGCAGCCGCGCCACAUACAUCGCCCCCCGCAUCGUCGAGGACGUGACGCCGAUCCAAGACGUGGUGUACGAGGCCAACUCAUGGACGCAGGAGGCUAUCUGGCUGCUGCCCGAUCUAAUGACCAUGCUUGCGGUGUCGAACGCGUCGCAGCUGCCGACUUUCAACAACAUCGAUAACUACGUUAGUGGCAUCGUCCACCAAGGUUACCUCGGCGCGUGGGAUAUGCUAAGUCAUAGCUUCGAUAACAAGGGGCCGGUAUACAAGGGCUAUCCGGCGGACCCGAGACUUGUUGCUGAUGUUAGCUUUGCACGCGUGUUUGCUUGGUUGGGGGUAUGUUUGUUCAUGACGGUGUCUGGCGUCUUUGCGCUGGGGUUGGUUUUGAAGGCGGAUGACUUGACGCCGCUUGAGGGGAAUGAGGAGGAGAUGAAGGAAGGAGGACGGGGCAUUCUUGAUGAGAUCAUGGGUUGGCGCUUUGGUUGAAGCUGGUAGAGGCUGAGUGUACCAACUGUUGAGAUUCGCGAACUUGUCGUAACAUCAUCACCAAGCUUGACUUGAUAUCGUAUCAAGCUUUUUGCUAGGACAGCCAUUCAUGUUGGCAAAUGCCUCCGCAUUAACCCUAGCUCCAAGAGAUAUGUGCAUGGCACGGAGCUUGUAGAUGGAAUUGAUGAUGUUGGUGUUUUGAGAGAUGAAUCUUCGAGGAAUCGUGAUAGCUAGGGGUAGAAAUAUGCCCGGCCUAAGCGAGUCACGUGACUAGUCGAGGCUUCCCAGGCUUCUCGCCUGCGAAUAGCACCUAGCCUA